GAACGAGAGGAGCGGGAUAUGCAGCAGCGGCCGGUCCUGUAGUCCGUCCUGUUGGUUAGACAUCAUCAUUCAGGAGGAAACAGAAGCCCCGUGUUUGCCAGAACACGUCUAGACUCGUUUGAGAAGGGCACUGCUGUUUUUCCCCAACUUUCCUCAUGUAUUUUUUGUGCUUCUUGUAUGACAUUCUGAUUCAUUCAUAAUCCUGAUCUCACUGCUGUCCUGUGACAGUCCCGGACCGAACAUCGCCGUCUCCCCAGGGCUUAUCUUAUAGGAAUGAUGCAUGUUACAUUUGACUUUGGUGGAAGUGCAAAAGGAGGGGACCUCCAGAGGAUGGUUUGACUUGGAAGAAGAAGCGAUCCGGUAGAAUAGCAUCUCCUUUCCUGCAUAGACAGAGCCGAAAGUCAGACAGGAACCAGAAAACCGCUGGAUUUUUAGGAUUCCUUCUCCAGAGACGUAGUGAGCGAUUACUUUCUGAAACUUUCUCUUCAUCAUUGAACCAUGGCUGGGUUGUACGGAUGCUUUAAGGCCCGGAGCAGUGACGGCGCUGCCAUGGCAUCAGGACCUGCAGAUUCAAUCAAUCAGGAGCCUGCCGACGUCCAGGAAGACUGCUCAGGAAAGAAGAAAUCCAAGUUCCAGACGUUUAAGAAGUUCUUCACGCGGAAAAAGAGAAAGGAGCCGUCGACUGCGGGAGCAGACGCCGGCCUCAAGGCCAGCCAAUCCAGCGACAAUGUCAGCAAAACGUCGGACAACAACGCGCUCACUCGAUCCGAGAGGGAAAAGGGAUCUGGGUCAAAGGUCAGCCUGGGCGGCAAGGCCUUGUCACACGACUCUGUGUUUGUGUCCGACUCGUCAGAGGCCAACGAGGCUCUCGGGGCGUCUCAGGAUAGCAUCAGCGGGAAAGUGAAGUCGCUGCAGCUCCAGCUGAAGCAGGCCAUGAAGCUGAGCUCUUUGAAGAGGACGGACGAUGCUGGCGCCAUGUCCGAGGAUGACGGCCUUCCCUGCAGUCCACCUGAAUGCUCCACUCCUCACUCCCUGACGAAACGGAGUCAGAUGAAGAGCAACAACAGUCUGCUGGACAGCGAUGACGACCAGUUGUCGUGUUCAGCUUCCAGCAGAGCGGUGAGCCCCCUGGUGGUUCCCGGGGACUUCAGCCAGCCGGCCAGUCCCUUCGGCUGCCUCGAUAGCUCUGGGGCCAAACACAAGCUGGGCCUGAGACAGAAAGCCCGCAACAAGAGGAAACCUGCCACUCGGCUGGAGUGGAAAACAGAAGGAGACUCUGCCGUGGAGGAGACGCUGACGGACUCUGUCCCGGGAGAAACGGCAUCGCUGGAGGAGCAGAAACAGCAGACAGAAGAUCCAAGUGGUGAUCAAGCGAAACCAAAGUUGGAUAGGGAGGAAGACGAGGAGGAGGAAUAUGAGGAGAGAGGACACCCACCGGAUCCCACAGUAUCCCUGUUGAGAGAUAAGGAGAAAGGGGAGGAGGGAGAGGACGAGCCGGAAGCAGAACAGGAUGUUUCUCACGGCCCGGACACUUCCUGUCCUGCAGAGCCGAGUCUCUCCGAGGACGAAGGCUCAGAUGAUCAGGCCCCGCCCUCCUCCACUCCCGGCUCCAGAGCUGAGUCUCUGGACACUUCCAGGGCCACGCCGGAGCCCCCUGCUGGUCCAGGAGAGUAUCUGAGUGGGCCCGCGGGCGACCACCGCGCUGAAAGGGACUCGGCCUCGGCCGAGGAAGACGAGGUCCAGGAGAGCUGGGAAGAGGAGAGCUCCUUCUUACAAGAGGUUCUGAGCUCCUUGAAGACCCCGCUUGAGUCUCGCUCCCUGGAUGUGGAGGCCAAGGACGUUGUCCUGGAGAGGAAGGAGGAUAAGAGGAAAAAAGAAGAAGUGGAGAAGGAGGAAAGCGUUGAGAUAAAAGAGGAACCAGGGGUGGACGGGUCUGUUGGUUAUCGGGCCUCCUCCUACUCCGUCCAGUCAGGUCAGACCUCAGAUGGAGAAGAGGAGGCUGCUGCACCUUCCUUGCAAGAAGAAGUAGAUACUCUUGGAGAAGAGGAGAACAGCAGAGGGGAAGAAGCAGAGGAGGAAGAGGAAGAUUUGGUCCUGGAACAAGUCACUCAGGACGCUCCACGUUUCCUUCAGCUUGAAGAGGAAGGGCAGGAUGACGAGCCAGAGGAGGAUAACUUGUUUACAGGACAGGCUCUACGCCAGGAGAGAGAGGAUAGAGCAGAAGAAGAGGAGGAAGAGGCAACAAAGCUAGGGGAGGAGGGGUCGGGGAAGCCAGAGGAAGACGAUGAUGAUGGGGAGGUGGAAGAGCAGGUGAAUGACCUGGUGGAAGUAGAGGAACCCGAGCAAGUGAUGGAGAUUAUUCCUGAUUCCCAAAAUGAGGAAAUCCAAAGUACUUCAGCUUUCCAGGAGGCAGGUGCAGCUGCAGUGUUGGGGGAGGACGACGUCUACAACACAGAAGACACAAGUGAUGAAGUACAUGACCCGGGAUUCACCACAGUCCAGGAGGGGCAAGGAAACCUCUACCAGAGGGAGGAUGAGAGGGAGGAUGGAGAACAGGAGGCCGGAGAAGAGGAGGCCGGAGAAGAUGAGCUCACAGGAGAUGUGUCAGAGGACGAGGACAAACAGGAAGACGUGGCAGUAGAAAACAGGACAGCACUCCACCUGGAGGAGGAAGGUGCUGAGAUGUUGCCUCAGAUUCAGAAGGAGCAGCUGACCGUGUCACCCAAGCCUCCUCUGUUGCGUCUGAGCGAUCCGCCUAGUAUUCACUCACAAGAGGGCGCAUCCCUCCCUUCCAGUAAAACUCCCAUCAUGCAUGUAAAUCUGGCAUCUCCACCCUCAGAGGGAGAUGCAGCUUCAUUCCAACUGUCGUCAACUUCUGCCAAAGAUGUCAUGGAGUCCCUAGUACCUACAGACCAAGGUGAAGCACCUGUAGAUGAGGAGCAAACGGACGCCGUGGAAGAUGUGGAAGAGAAACAACCCACCCAAGGCCGCUUCACCAUCGCCUCCGCAUGGCAGAGAUCGCAGGAUCACACCUCUCCUCCUUCCUCACCUGCCUGCACCUCUUCACCCAGAGAGGAGGAGGACGAGGCCACAAGGGAUCAAGCUGUAAAAGAUGAGCCAGCCAGUUCAGCGCCAGCUGAAGUGGAGUCGAGUCCAGGUAGAGCGAUAGAUGCAGAAAGCACCGCUGGCACACCGCCGAGCAGCUCGGUACCCGCCCCAGACAAACCUCCCAGCUCAGCCUAUGUCCUGGACAAACCUCUCAGCUCAACUCCCACCCCAGACAAACCUUCCAGCUCAGUUCUCACCCUGGACAAACCUCCCAGCUCGGCCUACGUCCCGGACAAACCCCCCAGCUCAACUCCCACCCCAGACAAACUUCCCAGCUCGGUUCCCACCCCAGACAAGCCUCCCAGCUCACCUCCCACCCCGGACAAACCUCCCAGCUCAACUCCCACCCCAGACAAACUUCCCAGCUCGGUUCCCACCCCAGACAAGCCUCCCAGCUCAACUCCCGUCCUGGACAAACCUCCCAGCUCAGUUCCCACCCCGGACAAACCUCCCAGCUCAGUUCCCACCCCGGAUAAACCUCCCAGCUCAGUUCCCACCCCGGAUAAACCUCCCAGCUCGACCCCCGUCCCAGACAAACUUCCCAGCUCACCUCCCACCCCGGACAAACUUCCCAGCUCACCUCCCACCCCGGACAAACUUCCCAGCUCACCUCCCACCCCGGACAAACUUCCCAGCUCACCUCCCACCCCGUACAAACCUCCCAGCUCGGCCCCCGUCCCGUACAAACCUCCCAGCUCGGCCCCCGUCCCGUACAAACCUCCCAGCUCGGUACCCGCCCAGGACAAACCUCCCAACUCACCUCCCACCCCGUACAAACCUCCCAGCUCGGCCCCCGUCCCGUACAAACCUCCCAACUCAGUUCCCACCCUGGACAAACCUCCCAGCUCGACCCCCGUCUCAGACAAACCCCCCGGCUUGGCCGCUGCCAGCACUGCCGCAGAGAGCGCCGUGGUCGUGGAGGGAAACCCAGACAACCCUUUCGGAAUUCGGCUGAGGAAGACAUCAACUCUGCUUCACUUGAGUUCGGAGGAGGAAACCCACGAGCCUUCGGUUGAGUCCCUGACUCCACCAAGCGGCAGUAAAGUCGACACGCCGCCACCGCCGCCGCCGGUGAGCAGCAAGCCCCCCGUGGGUCAGUCGGGCGGCAGCAAGCCUGCUCUCCCUAAGAAACCGGAGGUUCAAGGAGACGCUGGGGGCCAAACAAAGCGUGUCUCAGACGCAGCUGGCGGUCGAGGCGCUUCUGGGGCAUUGCAUCGUCCCAGCUGGGUUUCUGUGGCCAAACAGAAGCAGAAGAUCUAUAAAGAGAAUUCACUGGAAGAGAUCAGUGUGAAGAAGGAGGAACCGGACAGGAAGUCUUCUCUGCCAUCAUACGUCAGCUCAGCUGCAAGCCGGGAGCAGAGCAACAAGACAGUGGAAUCCAGCAGCAAUGUGGUUCAGGUGGAGAUCAGUAAGCCACCGGUGUCGGUAGAAAAGGAGCCCAGGAGGACUCUCCCCUCUCCAAGUCCAGUGCCACCUCAACCCUCCAAAUCCCAGCCACCCCCCUGCCCCAUUACCCCCAAACCACAGCUGCCCUCCCCCACAUCGAGACCUUCGCCGCAGCCCACCCCUCCCCAGCGGUCCCUGUCGCCCCCGACUCCAGUCCCCGUCGCCUCAAAACCUCUCAAUUACUCGCCCCCUUCACACCUCUCCAAACCUGCCGCCCCACCCAAAACCCCCCCGGUCACCUCGCCUCCCUUCUCCCCGAAGACCCCUGUGGACAAGGCCGGCUCCAGGGCCCCCGCUCUGCCUGGACAGGUGUCCCCCCAGAGGGCCCUGUCCCCCCCGGUGCUGCCCCAGGACGAGCCCCCCUGGAUGGCACUGGCCAAGAAGAAGGCCAAGGCCUGGAGCGAAAUGCCCCAGAUAGUGCAGUGAGGGGCCAAGGUUGACCAGGGUCCCAGACCCCAACCGGCUCGGACGGAGCUGGAUGGACCACAAAGCUUUUGCACACAAAUUUCUUAUAAUCCUGACGUUAGGUUUUCUGAUUGACACUCGUUCCCCAAUCCCACAGCUACAGACAUCCCGUCUGGUCCUGAGUACCAGCAGGAGCACGGACGAACCCUCUCUGUGUUUCUCAAGCUGUGUUGUUGUGUUUAUAAGGUGCCUGAAGAAAGAAAUGACAUGUAGCUACACAGCAAAGUAUAUUAAUGUCUUCAUAACUCAGGUGAGUCCAGAUGAGCUCACGAAACAAUCCAGGAAAGGGAAGAUGGAGAAAAUACUCUCAAGAGUAAAAUCAGGAUAAAGAGACAGAAUAAAUAUUAUAAUAAGGAAUCUAUAUAACAGACAAGUUUCUAUAUCUCUGCCCAUUACAGGGUGUGUGUGUGUGUGUGUGUGUGUGCGUGUGUGUGUGUGUGUGUGUGUGGAGGGGAUUUUAAGGCAGAGAAAUUUGCUCGAUUAAAUGAUGUAAUAUCUGAUGAGCGUUCCAGAUGUUUCACCCAGGCAGUUUUCCUCUCGACGUAAUUCACUAAUGCUACGAUAUUUGUUUGCUGAGUCAGCUGUUGCCAAACGUGCUCCAGCAUCUCCGUGUAAAUAACAUUUUUAUCCUUCUCUUUUGAUAACUUUGACUUCUCUUGUUCGCACUUUGACUCCCAACCCACCGGUGGUCUGCUUGGCCACUCCCCAGUCUGGGAUGGUCCAUGUGACUCCCUCGCGGGCCUCACACUAUUUUAGUAAAUCAUGAUGUUGUUGAUCACAAAAAUGCUUUCCAUUGUAAAUGAAAACAAAAACACAAAAAAUCUGCAGAACGUUGAGUCACAUGAAGUUUGAUUCGCUGCGGGACUCGGAGCCGCUAACGAGUCCCAGAUGUCUGCUCUGUGUUGUUGAAGCUGUCUCACCAUGUCUUUGUAUGCGUUUGAUUUUCUAUUGCCUUUUUGGGUCUUUGUCUUGUACAUAAACUGUACAGUAAAAAACUAAAGAUCUCUGA